GUCCGUUUAUGCUCUCAAAUAAAAUUGUAGUCUAAGGGCUUCAGAGUUUAUAAAUGAUCUUAAUUUGACAAUUUCGCUCCACUCAAAACCCUAGCAGCCAGAAUCCCCAUUUGCACUCACUCUACGGCUUCUUCUCAUAUCUGAACUCCAACCAUGGCGGACGAUAAUCCCGAUGUGGCGGCGGCGGCAGGAGUCCCGAAGAAGAGAACUUUCAAGAAGUUCAGUUUCCGUGGAGUCGAUUUGGAUGCUCUCCUCGACAUGUCCACCGAUGAGCUUGUCAAGCUCUUUACUGCCAGGGCUCGCAGAAGGUUCCGUAGGGGUCUGACAAGGAAGCCAAUGGCUCUUAUCAAGAAGCUGCGUAAAGCGAAACGUGAGGCUCCACCAGGUGAGAAGCCAGAACCCGUUAGAACUCACCUUCGUAACAUGAUCAUAGUACCUGAAAUGAUUGGAAGUAUCAUUGGAGUUUACAAUGGAAAGACCUUCAAUCAGGUUGAAAUCAAGCCUGAGAUGAUUGGCCAUUACCUAGCUGAGUUUUCUAUAUCGUACAAGCCUGUUAAGCACGGUAGACCUGGUAUCGGUGCUACUCACUCGUCGAGGUUCAUUCCUCUCAAGUGAGAAGAGCCAUUUUUGGGUCUUGGAUUAUACUCUGCAUUUCUUCAAGUUUUAUGGAUAUUUAAUUAUUUUUCUUUAUUAGUCUAUUUUUGGCUACUUUUUGACUGGAAUUUAAUUUUCUACAAACAAUGAAAGAUAAUUUGACGGGUUCA